AUGGCAAAAGCAAGAAAAGUCCUAUCGGUCCAUUCCCGCGCCGCCCGUCGCGCCGUAUCUCCAUCCUUAAACCUCGAUAAAUCGAUAACCACAGCCCCGCGACCAUCCUCCCCAACCAGAACCUCUCUCACAACCCCCACAGCCGAUAAAAUAACUCGAAAAGUCCUGGAUGUAAUCCACCGUACCCUCUCCUCCGGCGUUCAAAAGUCUUCGAACCCAAAUAAGCACUUAAAACGUGGUCAGAAGUCAAAAACUCAGAAGAAGAGACGGGAGGUCGGGAAGGAGAAGGCUGCUGCUGUUGCCGAAAUAUUGGAGGUUAAGCAGGAGGAAAGUAGGAAGAAGGUCAAGGUUAUCAAGGACAGAAGUGGUGAUUGGGACAACGUUAAUUCGAAGAUUGUCGGGGGAGAAGGGGAGAUUGCGGAACAUAUUGGGACAAAUCCGUUCGCGGCUUUGGCGGGGUCGGUUUAG